UAGAGACCAUUUUAUUUUAUUUGCAAUCCUCUCUCCACGUUUCUUCUCAACUACGAAAAAGCUACAGUUUCUUUCUUCUUCUUCUUCUUCUUCUUCUGCUAUCUAGGGCUUCAUUUCUCCGAUUCCAAUUCCAAUGUUUCUUUGAACUAAUAAUCACUUACUCAGUUUCAUUCGCGUUGCAUUGAAUUUCAUGGAAGAGUCUUCUUUCACUGGUCUUCCUACUAGCAACUUGCUCGGUUCAGUUCCGGCUGUGAUAGUUGAAGGAGAUAACACUACGAAACAUGUGGUCCCUGAUGCAAAUAUGCAAAUAUUCCCUCCCACCACCAAUGGAGGAGGAGACAGAGGACGAGGAGGAUAUCAAACUCUUGGAAGUCCUACAGAAGCCUUUGAACAACAGCCAACAAACAACUGGAGGGGAUUCUUUAGUGUCUCGUCUUACUCACAGUAUUUCGAUGUAGAUACAGAUGCUGUUAUGACCAGAUUGAUAAGUUCAUUCAAUCCAGUUGGUGGAGACUUCUUUAGCAAGAUAGAUGCCAACCCUGAUUUAUAUGGACUUAUAUGGAUCUCAACAACAUUGGUUUUUGUACUUGCCGCGCUUGGAAAUCUUGCCACAUUCCUUAUGCAAAAACAUGCAGAUAGCGGUACCUCAUGGAGCUUUGAUGUCAGCUAUAUGAAUACGGCUGCAUGGUCUAUCUAUGGUUAUGCAAUAGUGGUCCCAGUGGCAUACUACUUUUUCCUUCAGUAUAUGGGUUCAAAUGCUAGUCUUGUAAGGUUUUGGUGCAUGUGGGGGUAUUCCCUCUCCAUUUUCAUCAUAUCUUCCUUUUUGUUGAUAAUUCCAGUUGAGAUUCUAAGGUGGAUCAUAACACUCCUUACUGGUGUUGCGUCAGCUAGCUUUGUUGCCUUAAACCUGAGGUCUUACAUAGAAGGCAACGAUCUUUCACUGUCAAUUAUUGCCGCGUUUUUCUUGCAAAUAGGUCUGGCUGUCUUCAUCAAGGUUUGGUUCUUCGCAUAAAAUGCAUAGCGAUAAUAAAUUGUUAGCUCGCUCCAUUGGCUAACUUUGUUCAAUAUGUGAGUGGAAUCUCUGCAGCAGAAUUGGCUUGUUUUUGUGGAUUUACUAUAAUGGAAUUGGGAAGAUGUGCAGAGUAGUGAGAUUUCUGUAUCGGCUUGGUCUGUCUCUGUAUUCUUUUCACCUAAUGCCUUGUGGAAGUCCAUUAUUUUGGAAGAGGAAGAGAACAAUCAGUGAGUGUAGUAUUUGAGUCUAAAUGUUUGAGUUUCUUGCAUAUCUGUGUAAAUAUACCACGUCAAGUAAAUCUUUUUUUAUUUAAAUUGAAAUCCAACCGGCCGUUUUGAAGAGAGUUUGGCACACACUUUCUAGCUUUUAUACACGCUUCUCAACACACUAACCAAUUAGCGAAUAUGUGUUGAAAGAGAGUAUUUUUAGCAACUUAGCAUAAUUCUAUUUGUAAGAGUCGUCUUGCACUAGUCCAAUAUUUAUAGAGCUAUGCUAUAUAUUAUGAAAGAAUUUGUGUACGAGUACGAAACACAAGAAUAUAUACAUGGCCAAUUCGAUGUGGUUGGGAUUUAUUAUUUUGUAAUAUUAAGCAUUUUUCAUA